AGGGGGAAUGAAUCUCUGAAAGAAUUAAGCAAGAGCCCUUGGCGGCGUCUGACCCUGACCAUGUACCCCAAUCCUCUCAUCUACUGCACCUGCUGGGACCCCUGGAACAUGGGACCACGGAAGCUAAUCAAGACCCCUCAUCCACUUCCAAAGACCGCCCCAAAGAAGCCUAAAGUCAGGGGCCAGCCAGGAAAGCCAGAGGAGAGCAGCAAAUCGCCAUCUGAGGUGAUUGACGUGUCACCUGGCUAUAAGCUCAUUCGAAAUCGGGAACAGAUUUCAGUCACCCUGGGAGAUGAGAUGUUCAUUAGGAAAAAGCGCUUGGAAUCAGACAUCUUGAACAAAGUCAAAUAUUCCAGGGCUGAUAUCAUUUCUGACCUUGAGGAGCAGAUCUCCGAGUUGACAGCAGUAAUAGAACAAAUGAACACAGAACACAAGGCUUCCCAGAAAUUGCUCUCCAAUGAGAUGGAGCAACGCUGCACUGAGUUGAAAGAGAAGUUUGAAAACGAGAACAGGGAUCUCAAAAAGUCUCACAAAAUGGAGCUUGAGAAGUUAGAGGACAGCUACAAAGAAGCCUUGAAGGCAGAGAAGGUUGCUGCCCAGGAGAAACUAGAGGAGCUAAGCAAAGAAUAUAAGUAUCUGAAGAACAUGUUUCACAUGUAUCAGGAUAGCAUCUACGACGAAAUGGAAGAUAAGUGGUUAAAGCGGAAGGCAGAAUGGGAGAGGGAUGAGAGGUUUGAAAGGGAAAAGAUCCUGCUACAACAAAAACAUAAGAUAACAAAAAGGUUUGAGUUAGAGUCGGUAGAAGAAAAAAGGAGGAUGAACGAAUCCUUGGGUGCUAUCUAUGAAAACUUCAAUCGAGAGAAAGAGGAGCUCAUGAAAAAACAUAAUGAAGAUAUGUUGGAAAUACAAGAGCUGAAGAAAUCCAAAGAGAUCAUGGAGGCUGAAUUGCGGGCACAAUCUAUUAUUCUGGAGACACUGAACACCAACUUUUACCAAAUCCAGAUGGAACUCCAUAGAGAGAAAACUAUAGCGGGAAAUCUGGAGAGGUUGUUCCAGGCAAAGCUUGCUGAAGCUGAAGAAAAGUAUAAGCACACCAUACAGCUCCUGACAGAAGAAAAUGCCCGCCUCAGACAAAAGCUCAAAACGAAGAACGAAGAAACUUCUGAAGAAACACCUGAGAAGCUGGCCUGCGUCACUUCUUCUGUUCAAGAGUGGGACCCUCCUGUUGGCAACAACAAAAAGUUGUC